AUCAACAUCCCGUUGCGGAUAUCUAUUAUUAUUCCCGGAAAAGCGAGUGGUUGAGCGAUUAUCGCAUAAAUUACGCGCUGUUUCUGCACCUUAUGUGCAAGAACCAUAAAUCUUUAUUAGCGCCGCAUAAACUUUCAGCAAGUUAAUCGAUCAAACGUAAUACUCGCUGAGAAGCAGCCGCGGGCUACUUUCGGCCUAAAAAAAUUUUCAUAGCUGUCGGUAAUCGACCAUCGACAUAUUAAUCGAGAUGAAAUAUUUAUUUGCAAAUAAUAUGCUCUAUAAUUUAUAAUGAUCCCUGCGUCGUUUUGCGUAUGCGGGACGCGACAACGUCAGAGAUUAGGUGAGAGGAGGAUCUUUCGACGCGUGUCGAGUGAUGAUGUCACACAAUCCACGUGCGAUAUUCCGCGCGAUAUAUAUUCGCGAUCGCGCGAAGCACAUCGUACGACGACAGAUAAGCCAGCCGUGAGGUUGGCAGACGUGGACUAGUCACUUCUGCCGACACGGAGUAGGCCGGAGUAUGGUGGAGUGUACAUAACAGAAAAUAUGUCGAUACAUUAUUACUUUCGCGACAGGUGAUCGAGCAUUGUGAGCGGGCAAGGAAUCGAUCCAAUAUGCCGAAGAAAUUUGUGGGUGAGAAUAGCAAGGCGGUUGCCGCCCGAGCUCGAAAGGCAGCGGCCAAGGAAGCCGAGACUAUCAAAAAGGCGCAGGAAGCGGAAGAUAGGGCAUGGGAGGACCACGAUAAGCAAGUAUUGAAGAAGAAGCAGAAACAAGAAGAACUCGAGAAGAAACGUCAACAGCAACUAGAAAAAAAGGCUGAGGCGAAAGCUCUGCUUGAGAAGGAAAUGGCAAAUAUAAAAAUCGGCGGCAAGCAGCCAGCGUCGAAAGUCACUAGAGCCGAAAUCGUGUCUGUCACCGAGAAACGAAAUCAAGUGGCUAUGAAGAAGAAGGAGGAGGAGAAGGAGAAGCCGAUUGAGGAAAAUUUGAAUAGAUUGAUUUUGGAGGGCGAAACAGCUCACGGCAUAGACGAAGCUAUAUCUGUUUUAAGUUCAAAGGAAUCGGAAAUUGAUCGACAUCCGGAGAAACGAAUGAAAGCCGCGUACGCGAGCUUCGAGGAACGAAUGAUGCCUAUAAUCAAGGAACAAAAUCCUACUUUGAGAUUGAGUCAGUUGAAACAAAUACUUAGGAAAGAAUGGAUGAAGUCUACUGAGAAUCCGCUUAAUCAAACGUCGAAUCAUUAACGAUAUUAUAAAGUGAUAUCAAAUGAGCGUGAUGCGUUCGUGCGCAUUACCGACUGAUUAAUUAUUUAAUUUUGUUAAAAUAAAUAAAUAACAAUCACUGCAACAUUACGUAAUCAUCUGUAUACAAUUUUAUUUGUAAAACAUGACUCUUAUAUUAAAAAGUACUAUAUGAAAAA